AUGGAGGACCUGCUGGUGGGGGAGGGCGAGAGGCUGAGGACGGAGGGAGAGGUGGGGGCAGGGAAAGGCACAGUGACCUCAUCAGCCACCCUUGGGGUGCGGCUCCCGAGCCCCCGCCCAGCCCGGCCCGCCUAUAUCCCCAGGCUCUUGCUGCUCCCAGCAGAAGCUGGAGAGAUGACACUGCAGUUUGAAGCCUUCUAUGCAGGGGGCCUGGCCCCGGGCUGGAACCUGCUAGUCCAGGGACACUCUGACUCUGGAGAGGACAAGUUUGAGAUCAACUUCCUGUCUGAGACAGGGGACAUCGUCUUCCACAUCAAGCCCCGGUUCUCCAGUGCCACCAUCGUGGCCAACACCUUCCAGGGCGGCCACUGGGGCCAGGAGGAGGUGUCCAAUGUCUUCCCGCUGGUGCUCGGGGAGCCCUUUGAGAUGGAGGUCAGCUCGGAUGCGGAACACUUCCAUGUCCACGCCCAGGAGCACAAGGUGCUGCAGUUCUCCCACCGCCACAGGCCACUGGCCGCCAUCACCCGGGUGCAGGUGCUGAGUGACCACCGCCUGGCCCAGGUGGAGCUGGCCAGGAGAGGCCUGAGCUGGGGGGACGUGGGCUACUGAGCUGUGUCUGAAGUCCCAGGAUCGAGCCUUGGCCAUUGGCCAUCCCACGCCCAG